AUGUCCACACUCACAGUCCACGGCCUCACAAAAGGCCAAAUAGACGAGAAGAUCCUCCUCCUAACCCACAACCUGAUCAACAUCCACGACACAACCGGCGAGUUCCUGCUAAAACUCGACGAUGGCCGCAUCAUCGACACCAAAGGCUGGGACGGCUGGGAGUGGACACACGGUAUCGGUCUCUACGGCCUAUGGCACUACUACACUUUGACAGGCAGCACAGCAACAAUGGACAUCAUGCAAGGCUGGUUCUCCAAGCAGCUCAGCAAAGGCACAACCAAGAACAUCAACACCAUGAGCCCCUUCCUCACACUAGCAUACCUAUACGAAGAAACCGGAAACAAGACCUUCGUCCCCUGGCUAGACACAUGGGCAGAAUGGGUGAUGCACGGUCUGCCCCGCACCAAAUUCGGCGGCUUCCAACACGAGACAUACAACUCGUUUAACAAAGACGAACUCUGGGACGACACCCUCAUGAUGAGCGCGCUGCCCCUCGCUAAGAUCGGUCUUGUGCUCAACCGACCCGAAUACGUAGAGGAAGCAAAGCGCCAAUUUAUCCUCCAUUGCCAGUACCUCUGCGACACAUCCACAGGCCUCUUCUUCCACGGCUGGAAGUGGGAAGACAAGGGCGGUUUGGAAGUCGGACAUAACUUUGCGCGAGCAAGAUGGGCGCGUGGAAACUCGUGGUUGACGAUUGCGAUCCCGGAUUUCAUUGAGUUGCUAGAUCUCAAGGAGACGGAUCCGCUGCGCCAGUUCCUCAUUGGUAUUCUCGAGUCGCAAUGCCAGGCGCUGUUGAAACUGCAGGGCGAGAACGGCAUGUGGCGCACUCUGCUCGAUAUCCCUGUAUCGGAAGGUAGCUACGAGGAGGCUUCUGCUACGGCGGGUUUCGCGUAUGGUAUGCUCAAGGCGUGUCGGAAGCGGUAUAUUAGUGGGGACGUGUAUCUGCAGAGCGCGGUUAAGGCUAUCAAGGCUGUUAUGGGCAAGAUUAGUGCGGAGGGUGAGCUGACGGAGACGAGUUUUGGAACGGGUAUGGGUCAUGAUUUGCAGCAUUACAAGGAUAUCAAGAUUACGAGUAUGCCGUAUGGGCAGGCUAUGGCUAUUAUGGCGCUGGGAGAGUUUAUGAGGACGUUCAUCUAG